AGUAAUAAAAAAAUUCUAACAUAUUUUCGUUUUCGCUAAAAAAACAAAAGAAUUUCGGCCCGAGUCUGAAGGGACUGCGAGGGAAGCAAAGCAGGCGCAACUCCGCAAAAUCUUUGUUCCCACCAACCAUCUUCUGGACGGAUUCCCCAAAGCUCUUCUUUUCAUUUCCUUUCUCUCCCUAAAUCUCCCAUUUAGAUCUCCCAUCGAAUUAAAACUACCAACAAAAUGCAAAGCGCAGCGUUUUCUUUGUUUUCUCCCUCUUCUAUUCCUUCUCUCAAGCUGGGAAAAUUCGGCUCCAACCCUAGAUUUGAUCCUAUUCGUGUUUCCUCUUCAUUCUCCGAUUCCAAACAGCCUGAUCUUUCUGCUUCAAGCAAUGCUGUUUCGAUUCCUUCUUUGCCUAAGCGAUCGUGGUCUCUCUCCUCCUCCUCCGCCUUCCCGCUCCGGGCUUGGACCUCGGUUCCUUCCGAUUCCAAAGCGGACCUCUUUGAAGUUAAAGCUACGGUGGCGGAGAGUGCUGGUGAAGGUGAGAAGUCAGGUAGCUUGGCGAAGACUUUGGUGCUUGGAUUGCUGUUUGGAUUGUGGUACCUCUUCAAUAUCUACUUCAAUAUCUACAACAAACAGGUUCUUAAAGUCUACCACUACCCUGUAACUGUCUCUGUAAUUCAGUUUUCUGUUGGGACUGUUCUGGUUGUUCUAAUGUGGACUUUUAAUCUGUAUAAGAGGCCGAAAAUAACGGGUGCUCAGCUUGCAGCGAUUCUGCCACUUGCUGUGGUGCAUAUCUUGGGCAACCUCUUUACAAACAUGAGUCUAGGGAAAGUGGCUGUUUCGUUCACUCACACAAUUAAAGCUAUGGAGCCGUUCUUCUCAGUUGUGCUUUCUGCAAUGUUUUUAGGAGAGCUGCCUACUCUUUGGGUAGUUGGUUCCCUUUUACCAAUUGUUGGAGGAGUUGCACUUGCAUCUGUUACUGAGGCCUCUUUCAAUUGGGCUGGAUUUUGGAGUGCAAUGGCAUCCAAUUUGGCAAACCAGUCUCGUAACGUUCUCAGUAAAAAAGUCAUGGUUAAGAAAGAGGACUCACUGGACAACAUUACCCUCUUCUCAAUAAUAACAAUUAUGUCCUUUAUCUUGCUAGCCCCUGUGGCUAUUUUGAUGGAGGGUGUCAAGUUCACCCCUGCCUACUUGCAAUCUGCUGGUUUGAAUGUUAAAGAAGUUGUUGUAAGAACUCUACUCGCUGCUCUUUGCUUCCAUGCCUAUCAGCAGGUGUCUUAUAUGAUACUGCAAAGGGUAUCCCCAGUUACUCAUUCUGUAGGCAACUGUGUGAAGCGGGUGGUUGUUAUCGUCAGCUCUGUUCUUUUCUUUAAGACACCUGUCUUACCAAUUAAUUCUCUCGGCACUGGGAUUGCUCUUGCCGGAGUUUUCCUGUAUUCUAGGGUGAAGCGCAUUAAGCCAACGGCAAAGGCAGCUUAGAGGAUAUAUGUUUCAUGCCAUUGAUUGAAGGACUAGUUUGUAGUUUAGGCAAGAAACUUUAAUAGUCAGUUUGGUUUGCAUUUUCCCAUUUUGAUUUUUGUCCAUUUUCGUCUUUGGGAUAAUCUUAAUUCCUUUUGUGGAAUGACCCUUGAUUUUAUCAAAGAGCCAAUAUCGCUGCCGAAACAGUUGUAUUGGGCCUGAUAUAUGUUCCAAUGGUUCGUUGUACGAUUAAUUGGCUGUGGUGUAGUACAAUAAUUAUGGGUAAGGAAAGG